UAAAUUGUCAAAAUGGUUGUGAGAACAUACAAUGACGAGCUGAAGUAUUUGGAGAAAAUUGGAACUUGUUGUUGGAGAAUAAAGAAAGGCUUUGUGGAGAACAUGAAUGUAGAGGGCAUUUUUUAUACAAAUGAAACUUUGGAAAAAUUGAUGUUUGAUGAACUUAAACAGUCAUGUCGAACGCAGGGAUAUGGUGGAUUUCUGCCCGGAAUGAAACAGAUUGGAAAUGUGGCAUCCCUUCCUGGAAUUGUUGGGAAGUCUAUUGGUCUUCCUGAUGUUCAUUCUGGUUAUGGAUUUGCAAUAGGAAACAUGGCUGCAUUUGACAUGGGAAACCCAGAGUCAGUUGUCUCCCCUGGAGGGGUGGGAUUUGACAUUAACUGUGGGGUCCGUCUUCUACGUACCAACCUGUAUGAGAAAGAUGUCGCUCCUGUCAAAGAACAGCUGGCCCAGUGUAUGUUUGAUCACAUCCCAGUGGGCGUCGGCUCCAAAGGAAUCAUACCAAUGACUGCUCAGAAUUUAGAAGAGGCCUUAGAAAUGGGAAUGGACUGGUCACUCAGGGAAGGAUAUGCCUGGGCAGAGGAUAAGGAACACUGUGAGGAGUAUGGGAGGAUGUUACAGGCUGAUCCCUCCAAAGUCAGCAGCAGGGCCAAGAAAAGGGGGCUCCCACAGUUGGGGACUUUAGGGGCAGGUAACCACUAUGCAGAGAUACAGGUGGUGGAUGAGAUCUACAAUAAGUUUGCAGCGAAGAAGAUGGGGAUUGAGUCUAAGGGACAGGUGUGCGUGAUGAUUCACUGUGGAAGCCGGGGGCUGGGCCACCAGGUGGCAACAGACUCGCUGGUUGCCAUGGAAAAAGCUAUGAAGCGUGACAACAUUAAUGUAAAUGACCGACAGUUGGCCUGUGCCAGAAUUAACUCCCCUGAAGGUCAAGACUACCUCAAAGGAAUGGCCGCGGCUGCCAACUAUGCAUGGGUGAAUCGUUCAAGCAUGACCUUCCUCUGCCGACAGGCCUUUGCUAAGAUGUUUGAUAGUACCCCAGAUGAUCUGGACAUGUUCAUGAUUUAUGAUGUAUCACACAACAUCGCCAAAGUGGAAGAGCAUUUUGUGGAUGGCAAACAGAGGACCUUACUCAUCCAUAGGAAAGGUUCAACUAGAGCGUUCCCUCCCCAUCACCCCCUCAUUCCAGUGGACUACCAGCUGACAGGACAGCCAGUUCUGAUUGGAGGAACCAUGGGAACCUGCAGCUAUGUACUCACAGGAACUCAACAGGGAAUGGAAGAAACUUAUGGUACCACGUGUCACGGAGCUGGACGUGCCUUGUCUCGAGCCAAGUCUAGGAGGAAUCUUGACUACACAGAAGUGCUGAGUGCUUUAGAGGAAAAAGGGAUCAGUAUAAGAGUUGCCUCCCCUAAGUUAGUCAUGGAAGAGGCCCCAGAAUCAUACAAGAAUGUUACUGAGGUGGUUGACACAUGUCACAUGGCAGGAAUUAGUCGGAAGGCCAUUAAACUUCGUCCAAUCGCAGUAAUUAAGGGAUGAUAUAUUACGAGACAUCAACAAGGCUGUACCUAUGGAAUAGAUGAUAUUUGGACUUUUGGUGCAAUAGGGUGCAAAAUUUAAUUGAUUUGUUCAUGUUGAUUAAAGUGUUCUACCAACAACAUUUAAUUUAAAAAUUUUUGUCAAAUAUGUGUACUUAUUUUUUUUCCAAGAGAGAGAGGAUUUUUAUGAGCAAGUCUACCAGAAAACAGUUAUUUUUUUCAUUAAUUUUAGAAGAUUGUACAUGUAUGAAUGAAGAGAUGAAGAAUUAUUUUUGCAAAGAUGUAUAACCAUUUUUUGUUUUGUUUUUUGUUGUUGUUUAUUAUUUGUCAAACAGAAAGUCCCUCUAAUACCCUAUUUAACUUUUUAUGUGCCAAAUGAUGUUGAAAAUGAAGAUCUGUUCCUACUGUUUACAUGACAGGAAAUUUGAAAUUCUGUUUGAUCUUGGUAAAACUUGUCUAAUCUGUACAUCACUGGUUCCAUAGAAAUUGUUCAGAUUAGACAGCAUUUCUGAUUAGAUAACAUUUUAAACAAUUAAAUUUACCAAAAGGGACUAAAUGUUUUCACCAUUAUAGACAAGAUUUCGGAUUACAGAAUAUCUGGAUUAGACAAGUUUUACUGUAUCUUUAUUUUGAAAUCAGCAAUUUUUUUUCAAGCUCCAUUAAGAAAGCUGUUCAGUUUAGGAGUUCAAAUUUUAAUCUGUAUAGAUUUAAACUAUGAAAACAUUAUAAUUUUGAUUUAGUGUCUUGCAAAAAACAUUGUUAUCAAUGCAAAUCAAAUAUGUAAGGAAAUUUUGAAGUAUGAUUACAAAUUUAGUAAUUACAGUUGAACUUCAGUAUCUCGAACACAGAUAUCUCAAAUACCAUGGAUAUGUCGAAGUCAUUUUGAAGUCCCAACUGCUUAUUCCUUAUAAGUAUUUCAUAUCUCGAAUCCUUGGUUAUCUCAAAGUAUUUUCUUGGUCCCUUCGAGUUCGAGAUAAGGAGGUUUGUCUAGUUUUAAAAUAAAUAUGCAAGUAGGUCAAUUUCAUCAUGCAUAUUGUUUUUGCUAUAUUUAGAUGUGCACAAAUGCACUUGUUGAGACUUCCUAAUUAUACACAUGUAUGUGCAGAUGGGGAAUAAAAUAAUCAUAAAAAUC